UCUCACUAAUUUAAUAAAAUAUAACUCAAAAUUAUCUAUUUGAUGUUCAGUGUGAAAAACGUUAGAAGUGCUAGAAGGUUUAGCAGCUUAGCUAGGAUACCUUCAGCUAGAAAAUUCUCGAUUAUUGAGAACUCGUCAGUGAAAUCUGGCAUAAGUGUACUGCCAAUCUAUAAGAAUGGACAUAAAAUUAACAUCGAAGUGAACCAGACAAAGAUGCAAGAGAGGUAUUCCCCAAAAGUUAAUUCCAAAUUGGGAUCAGAACUGUGCUUUACAAGGGAUAAAGCCUUCAUCAAGUAUUUGACCUCCAUUCACUUAAGAAGUAAGGACAAGGAGACUAUCUCUGCAGCUAGACUGUUAGCUUAUUUUAUUACUCAGAAGGUGAAGCCAGAAGAUGAACCUACUGAUGAUGAAACUUUCCAAGAUACAAUGGACAAAGCUAUCAACCAAGAAGCUCUAGGUGAACUGAAUGUUAAUCCUGAUGUGCUCAAUGGAGUUGCACGAGGUCUCUCUCAUAUUCUAGACUUUAUUAAGAAAAAUUCUAGAAAAAUUCAUGAUGAUAAAUCAUUAAUCCUUAAGGCGGGGUCGCUAUACUGCAGAGGUAAUCAUGACAUCUCCCAGGUUAUCGACUUUGUUAAUUUUGGCGAAACUGUAAGAACUCUGAUAGUCACUAAAGAUGUCUCAGGAACUAAAAAUGAAAGCUCACUGGCAAUGUAUGACUCUCUAGCCCUUGAUGUUGGCCAUUCUUCAUUCCACUUCGUAAAUGACCAGUUGAAUUAUCGAUAUGAAUCCAGUCGCCCAAUUAUUGUUCUGACUGAGAAUUUGGACGAAUAUCUUGCAAAAUCAGUUUUAAGCCAAUUGGAAGGCCUCGCUAAUGGAAUUGUUUUCGUGACUAAAGAUGCAGACUCAGCGACUAUUGACCUUCUUCAAGCAAAGAAAAAAGAAUCUGGACUUGCUCUUUCUGUUGUUAAUCUCUCCGAGGAGGAUAAUGAAGAUUCAGAAUCUUUCGAAAUUCUCAAAGAUAAUUUGAACAAUUUAGGUGAACAAUCCUUUGAUGGUGAAUAUUAUCUCAAGACUUGUGAAAGAGUUAUAAUGGAUGAUGUAUCCACUUUGUUCAUCGAUAAGAAGCUGAAGCGUCCAUCAGAUGGCUCUAAUUCUGAAUACUUUCAAGAAAUAGUUGAAGUAAACCUCCAAAGCCCUGAUGAGACUUGGUGACAUGAAAUUAAAAACCAGCUGCUAGAAGCUAACACUAACCUUGAAGACUCCCUUAUAGAUGGAAUCCUUCCUGAGUUUAACACGACUCUAAAGUUAGCCAAUGAGAAUUUGAAAGAUUUCUAUUCAGACGAACCAAAUAUCCAGAUUGGUCUAGAAAUUGUUCAAGAAUCCAUCGAUGCUUAUCUAGAAGCAAUAGAGGAGAGUGACAAUAAGUCACCCCCUUCAGUCGGAAAAGCUAUUAAGGAAGCUAUCUCUGAUUGUAGUUUCAUUCCUGAGAAAAAAGCCACUGAAGCGAUCACCGACAUUUGGGCUAUUUGUUCUUAUUUGCUUUCUCAAAAAGAGCAAGAGACCCAAACUAGACAUUUUGAAAAUUAAAUAAAUAUUUCUUACAUUUCAAUAUAAUAAAAAUAAUAA